AUGAGGGCUCCUCUCGUCACCCUGCUGGCUGCUGUGCUGUGCGUGCAACAAGCUUAUCCAUUCAUGUGCUACAUCUGCCAAGAGCAGGAGUCCAACAAGGACUGUCUGACCAUUUCCAUGUGCUCCAAGGAGGACAGAUACUGCGUGACCGUGAGGAAGGACGUCAGCACCAAGCCCAACAAGCCCAAAUACGUCAUCUCCAAGAUGUGCUCUCCAACGUGCCCGGCCGCAAGUCAGCACCAAAACCAAAGCUCUCAGAGGGUUUUCUGCUGUGAGAAACCCUUGUGCAACGUGAAUGGAGCCAGCAGCAAGCAAAGCAGCUUUGGGGUGAUGUCCCUGGGUGUCCUGGCCAGUGUCACCUGCAUCUUUGCGUGUGGACUGUGA